UUAGUGUUGAAGUUAAAGGAAAGAAAAUAUAAAAAUUAAUAGCAAACUUUAGCCUUGUAAUUAACCACAUGUGUGAGAGAGUAAUAAAUGAAGGGACUAAGUUUUUAACUAAGAGACUAUGUUUUUUUACUCACCUUUAGUUACUUUUGGCCGGAAAUUGGACUAUAGGUCCCAAAAGGUAAAAAAAUAAAAAACUUAGACCCCAAUGUUAUACUUAACUCAGAAAAUCAAUAACCACAAAAAUAAAGGGCAACCAAUGGAAGGGCAUGGAUAUAAGUGGGUAUGGGAGUUGGACAUGAAUGAGGUAGAAGAGAGAGAAAUUGAUAAAAAAAAAUGUGAUGACCACCAAUGCCUUGGACAAUGGAUGACUAUGCUCUUAUAAAAUUACGGAAGGAAAAUGACGACGAAAAAAAAAAAAAAAAAAAAAAAGGAGGGAAUACGAUAUUUAUUGUAUUUUGUACACCAUUCAUCAGGUUGUUUGAAAGUACUCCGUAUAUGUCAAUUCUAGUACUUGUAUUCUAUUCUAGAAUCUAUCCAUCACCAUCACUUUCAUCUUCAACCUCAAUCUUCUGCAACUUUUACUGCCACUUUGUGUAAACUCUCUUUAAAAUUCCUUCCAAUUUUUAUUUAUUUAUUUAUUUAUUUUUCUCUAAUUUCCUCAAAUUCAAAUCCAGCCCCUUUUACCCCAAUUGUAAUUUAAUCUCUUCACCAAAUUCUGGAUAAUUUCUGUAAAUUAUGUCUCCUAAAUCCCUAACAUCUCGCAAUUCGAUUGAUUCAUGCUUAUUGCAACUCCAUACAUGGAAACCCUUCAACAAUUACACAAACCCUAAUUCCAAUCCCAAUUCCAAAACCCUAGAUUCUGAUUCGUACAUUUCAACCAAUUCCAAUUUAAAUUCAAACCCUAAUCAUAAAAAAACAUCUGGGCUUCAUCCUAAACGUCCUUGUUUAGCAGAUCGAGCUACUUCUCUGUUUUCACUUUCAAUUGACUCAAUUGAUUUCUCCAAGCUCAGUCUUUUCGACGAUGGUGGUGAUAAAUCCCGUAGCUAUAACAGUAGGAAGGAUAAGUUUCGUUGGAUGGCGAAGAAACGACGUCGUCGAGGUGGGUCACGGUCGGUUUCUGGGAGGAGCAGUGAUCGUAGUGGGACCCGAAAUGGGCGGGGUUGCUCAGUUGGGGCUACGGCAACGGCUACUUGCUCGGAUUUUAUGGUGGCGGCAGGCGGGACCGAUUCGAGUGGGGAGUUGUUUGUGAAUGGUGGAGCUAGUGGGAAUGCUAAUGGUUGGGCUUCUGAUGUGAGUGAAGCUAGGAGAGAGAGGGAGAGGGAGAGAGAUAGGGGGAAUGGGGUUGGGGAGAGGGAGAGUUCGAAUUUGGGGUUCGGGUUUGAUGCGCAGGGGAGCGAAUCCGGGUACGGGAGUGAGCCUGGUUAUCGCGGCGAUGCGGAGUUUGGGUAUGGUGAUGAGAUUGAUGAUGAGGAAGAGGAUACCAGGUUGUUGUUGUGGGGUGAAAGAUUUGGAGGUACUAAGUUGGAAAUGGUUGGGGAAAACACUUUCUCAGAGCAGAAAGUCCAUCACAGAGGCCGCCGGAAGAAGCAUGACUGGAGAAUGAUGGCCUCUGUGAGAUGACGAUUCAAGGUCUUUUCAAGCUGCAAAUUAGAUGGUAGAGGCAUAUGCACUGCGAACAUUGUGCAUGCGACAUAGUUAUGUUGUGUUUUUUUGGUGAGUUUCAACUCUGGAGAUCCCUUAACUUCACACCCAGUGUGGCAGUUUAGUCCCUCAACUUUCAAGUGCUCCAAUUCAGUCUCUCCUUUUGGAUGGAAACCCCUAACUAUUAAUCAACACGGGACACAGAAACCGAAAGCCUGUAGUUUUACAACCAUGUAUGUUCACAAUUUAUCAGGUUUGUAUUUUGGAAGCAUUUUUUUUAGUCAAUCUUCCAUGUAAAGUCACACUGUAAUUUAAUCGUUGAGCUUGUGAAAAAAAAAAAAACCGGCGAGGUUGCCGUAAUAAUAUUUGUAAUGAUCCCUUUUUUUUUUUUUUUUUUUUUUUUUUUUUUUUUUUUAAUUUUGGGUUAAAACAUGCCAUGUGAACACUCAUUAAAAGUAGCCUUUAAAAUCGGAAAACAUAUCCAUUGAUGUUUGGCUAAUUUAAUAAUUUUACACUUUAAAUGAGGAAAUGUUUUGAAAUAAAUACAGUACAGUAUAUUUUUAGUAUGUUAAUCCUAAUCUAAUAUGAGUAAAUAAUUUGAGUGGACAGUUGUCUAAUCAGUAACCAUCCUUUUUAAGUACUUCUAUAUUAUAUGACCAUUGGAUCUUAUUCGCAUUUUAAAUGAAAUCAGCCCACUAGAAUAUAUAUUUAUGUCCAAAUUUGUGUUAAUUUGAAUCAGGUGAAUGAUUUUUGGAUCAUUGUCGGAUGUUAUUUGAAAAAAAAAAUUGUUAGAUUCCCUUAUACUAAAAUCCACUUCAGCUUUUCCUCCAAAAAAAAAAAAUCCACCUGAACUCCCCGAUUUAUUGCUAAUGUUAUACCUUAAAACAUUUUUACUUUCUAAGAAAAUAUAGUAAGAAAUAAUUAUGUGCAAAAACUAGGUUACAGGAAUUAUUAUAUUUUUUUUUGAAGAAAGUUACAGGGAUUACUAUAAACUUGAACAUACAAGAGCAAAAAAAGAGAAAAAAAAAAAAAAAAAAAAAAAGCAAAAACAUUCCUGAAAAGAUUUAUAGAGGGUGGGAGUGUGUAGGUAAUUAUGAUGUUGCAUAUACUGGUUGUUUGGGGAUUGUUUGGAAUGCUAAAAAAAUUGGGGUUUACCCCUUUAUUUGCGUAAUAAUGGAAAUAGAAAUGGAGCGAGAGUAUAUCUUCUAUAAAGAAUCACCAUUGAUAAUUAUUUGUUUAAAGGCAACAAUUAGAACAAGAUGAUUAAAUUAUUACGAAGUUUGGUAACUUUAAUGCAUUAUUAUUUUACAAAACUAAGUAAUUUUCUCACUCUAACAACAUUUUUUUUUUUUUUUAUCAAUUUAGAAUAAUUUAAUAAAAAUAAGGUUAGUCAUAAAAAUUAACAGAGUAUAGAAAUAUCCAAUCCAAUAUGCAAUAAUAGAAAAAUGUAACUGUCCCUUUAAUCUAGACAGGUGGAUUGAAAUGGGGUCCACAUAAAGCUGCAAGCUCUUAUCCAUAAAAAUGACUCAUUUUGUCUCUUCAAUUUCAAUUACAGUCACCACUCCACCUCUCUCAAACCUCUAACCUUAAACCCACCUUUUUCUCUCUCCUCCCAUUAACCCUAGACAAUCGCCGUCGCUUUUCAACGCCGG